GGCCACCGGCGGCGAGAGGGAGGCGAGGAGGCCCCCUGAAGACUCCAACCACCAUCUGUGCUCCUCCGGGCGAGACCCAUGGCACCAGUCCGUACCGCGAACCGUCGUGCGCAACGCGAUCACUCUCAGCAGCUGCCCGUCGCGCAGCUCGACCCCAACCAUGACCCGUCGCAAGACAUAUUUAUUGACCCUAUGAUGGGCACUGCCCUUCAAAUCUAUGUCGAGAAGGAUGUAGAGGGCAGAGACACCAUUGUCGAACUAAUCACGACUCAUGGCGGAAUAGUGUCUCCUGGCUAUAGCGGUGUUCCGUACAUCCUAGUGGAUCCACACAGGGAGUCUGGUCAAAGUCUGUUUCGCCAAUAUAUCGGCAAGAAAGGGAAGAUAGUCCUGAACGCUCAAUGGGUGAUCGAGUGCGUCAACACCGGCCAGCUGCAGACGUACCAUACCAACUGGGCCGGAUGUAAGGUGACGGGGAAAGAACAGGUGAUCCCUGUUGUUAUCCAGCAUGUCCAACUGCCCGCUCCUCCACCACCCGCACCCAUACUGCCCAGUCCGGAGGACAUGGCGCACCAGAUGCAGCAAGCACCGCCUCCGACCCAUCCUCCGCAAGUCCUCGAGCCACAGCCCCAGCACCCCCCACCAAUCCCUCCUCCCAUCUCAGCCGCAGCGACCGAUCCGCUCGUGCAUCAUGCUCAGCACGCCUUCAAUUAUGCAGUCUAUGGUCCACCAUCCAUGCAUCCUCCAACCGCCGCCCCUCCCCAGUCGUGGCAGGCUGCGAACGGCAUUGCUCCCUCGCAGACACAUAUGCAGCCUCCGCCUACACACCCUCCGCCGCCGCACAUGAUGCCGCACGACCCAUACAGGGAUGGACAGGCAGCCUGGGCCGGUGCUUACCACCAACCACCUCCGCCGCCUCCAUCUCACCCAAAUGCUAUGGUCCCUCCGCCUGGUCCCGAGUAUGAUUAUAGGUACAGGGAAGAUCAGCGUCCGUGGGUUACCCCCGCGGAGUACUAUCCACAACCCUAUGAGCCGGCUCCAUAUCCGGAACAAGACGCGUAUAUGGAGGAGGCAGGCCCUUCCACUGCGGAGUCGUCCACCGCUGCUGCUGCAGUGGUCGUGGCAGCCGAGGCCGAGGCUGAGGUAGAUGCUGAUGCUGAGGCGUCAACCUCGGGCGACAAAUCCAGAGGCCGAAAGCGAAUCAGGACACAGCCUCAACCCGCCCCGCCAGCCUCGACCCUAGUCACGAACCGCCGGAACCCUCCUGCACGGUCACCGACUCCUCCAACACGAGUGAUCAAGAGUACAUACGGCGGCAAUCUCUUCACGUCAGACGACGUCAUGUAUCUCAAGAAGUACAUCGACUACUGUCAGGAGCAGGGAUUGGUUCUGAGUUUGCGAGAAAUUUGUGAACGGAUAGCCGUAAAGGCUCCUCAUCAUACGUUUUACUCAUGGCGCCGAUAUUGCAAUAAACACCAAAUCCGGUUAGGUGGGUACGCCAUGGACGUCCCUGAGGUGGACGAGGAUUUGGGGCAGGAUGAGUCGCAGCAGCAGCAACCGCAAUUGCAACAACAACAACAACAACAGCAGCAGCAGCAGCAGCAGCAGCAGCAGCAACAGCAGCAGCAGCAACAGCAGCAAGCAAUGGACCCGCCGCCGCCACAAGAGAUGAUAGACGUGCAGCAGCAGCACAUACCGAUUCCUGGGGCUGCGCCCGGUACUAUCGCAGCCGCCCAUCGGGUAGCCGCCGCGGAUGUCACCCGCACGAGAUCACCGACUCCGCCUCGAGCGCUGUUCAGAAGCACGACAGGGAAGGGCGUCGCCUUCACGGACGAAGACGUGACGUUCCUCGUGCGCUUCUACGAGUACCGGAACCGGACGCAGAGCGGGAAGGUCGACAUGGUGACGUUCUGGAAGGACGUCGCGACAAAGGCGCCGCACCACUCCCGCGCUUCGUGGAUGAAGUUCUAUCGCAGGCAUAAGCACGAGCUGCACUACGCAGACGGGGACGCGCCCUUGCCCGCGCCUCCGGAGAAGAAGAUGCGGUACAGCCUGCAGGACGAUGUGCUGCUCGCCAAGCACUUCUACCACAAGCCCGAGGGCACGUCGGACAAGGUGUUCCAGGACUUUGGCCGCUUGUUUCCGCACCAUCCAUGGAAGGGCUGGCAAGAGCACCACCGGAUACACAAGGCAAAGAUUGACCAUUUGAUCGAACAGCUGGGGCGAGGGGAGAACAUUGACGUAGGGCCGGACGAAUAGAGGUGCAGGAUUUUGGCCUGUGCUUGCGUGUAUUCUUAUUAUUUUGUAAUGUUCGUUGCUUGAGGGAUUCAUUAUUCGCUCAUUUUGUUUUACUU